AUAAUUGGGGUGAGUUGGUGUCAGGCUAACCCCGUAUCCAGACCCCUGGGGUGGAAUGGAGUCAAUGAUGGUGUGCUGUCUCAGCCCAGUGACAUUCAAUAACUACAACAAGUGGCACAGCUUUUUCAGCCUCCACCAAGACCAUGUUUUGUAGUUUUUAGUCUAGGCAAAGUAAGGAGAGGAGCAGUCACAACUAAUGGAAAUUAUUCUUCCUUUAAUGAGGAAUUGCUUCAGGUGAAGAAUUCCACUGAGUGACCAGGAGUUCCUUCUUCAUUUUCUUCUCCAAAGCAGCUUAUUUGCAAUAAUCCCAGUAGUGAACUGUGCUUUCCCUCCCUCUUUCCCCGUGCAAGUGUCAACCCAAGUAUGAACAAGAUGCUGUGUGAUGGGACACACCUCUCAUAUCAGAAGAAUCUGUAGUGGUUAUUGCAGAUUCGCAGGCAGGUUAUUGAAGAUUCUUCAUUCGAAGACAUAGACUGGAAUAAGGUGAUGUGUAUUCCCUGUUCCAGAGCUAGAGAAAAACAAAGGUCACCAAUCUUCAGACUGGCAAUCAAGGGCUUCUGAAGAUGCAUGCACAAAUAGCAAACCUGCUAUCUUGAAGAUAGGGCUAGAGGAAAACCCAGCUUAGUAUACAGUUCAGAGGAGACAGCAUGGAAAAGGUGAGGUUUCUUGGCACUUACCCACCUGAUCAAACCACUACAACUGCAAUCAAUAUCAAAGUCUCACAAUCUUCCAUGACUUUCAUGGCUUUUUCAUCCAUUUUUCCCCUCAGAUGAACUGAGGAAAUAACCCACUUGUAUUAUCUUUGUGUCUGUUGUGCAGAUGAAGAAAUGCUGCAUUUGUACAUGUAAAGGGAUUUCUCUUAUCUCACAGGGCUGGGAGUCUGAGAGACACAAAAUGGUGAACCACAGGUGCCUUUAUUUUUAUAGAAAUAAUUUAAAUCUGAGUAAGAAGCACACCUUUGUUAUAACUUCAAAAGAAGUGAAAGGAAGAACGACACAUCCUGUUUCUACAAACCCUUUUCCAGUAACUUCUAAGGAAAGUCCUCAAACGUUUAAGGGUUUGGAAAGAUACUUACCUUCAUUCAUAGUCUUCCUGUUUUCCUCUGAGGUCAAACAGCUUUAUGUGUGAAAGGACAACCUGCACCUGACAGAGUGAAGCUAUGUGCCUCUUCUUGUUUACACCAGUUCUGCAAAACUAAUCCCUGAGCCUCUGCCUCUUCUUGUAUUUUUGAACUCAAUAAAAACACAAAAACUUGAAGAGAAGAUUAGGUGGAACAUAUUAAAUGCUUCUUCGAAGGCUGAUUUGCUUCAGUGUUUUCUCAUGAUUAACGUAGAGCAUCUGCUGAAAUAACAAAGAAAUUGUGCACAAAACAAAAGGAAAAUUCCGGAAAAUCUAAAGUCAAGAAAGUUAAUCUGAGGGUUAACAAUGUCCAUGGUGCUGCCAAGCUCAGAUCUAUCUGCUGUAUGUUCACAAGUCAACAUCUUCAUUCAAGGAUUUCCCCCUGCCACCCUACAAAUUCUUCUCAAUGGCACCCAAACCAUUCUCCUUGAAGCUGAUGGGAACAAGCUCUGACACUUUGAAGUGGACAAGUAAGGCCAAGUGGACAAGAACAGUCCAGCUGCAUUUCCUGAAGCUGCCUCUAAACACAGGGCAAGAAGAGGCUUCUGGGAUCAUCGAGGCUUGCCCUGGAGUCCAGUUCCUGGACUCAGCAGGAGACACAGGAGGGUAAAUCAUGUUUUUCCAAGCAAACUCCCCUGUGGACCGUUUAAAGACAAUCCUCACCUGUCCCCAGAGCCUCUUGAGCAGGAGAUGGCCACCUGCCAGCUCCUCACAUCCUGACCCACUUUUCCUGAGAAUUCAGCAAGGGAGAGUUUCACAGACAAGAGGAAAUCCCUAAACAGCAUGCAGCCCAGAGAAUGGAAAGUUUUUUCUUGGGUUGGUUGUGUUUUGGUUUGUUUGUGUUUUUUUUUUUCCUUUCCCAACUUCCCAAUGAAUGUAUUUGGCAGCUCGCUGUCCCUGUCAGCACAGGAUCCCAGCGGAAACCAGAGCUGGGAGGGCUCUUCCUGCCCGGGGGAGGCUUCCCAGGAGUGCGAGGGAUUUACUAAUCGCCACCUUUCGCUCCCCCAUCCCUCGCUGUGUCCCACUGAAGGCCAUGUGCAGUGGCAAGCUGCAGACAGGUCUGCUGGUGGCUGGCUACUUUGUGUACCUGCUGGUGGGUGCCGCCGUGUUCCAGGCGCUGGAGAGGACUGCGGAGAAGCGGGAGAAAAUGGCAGCUGCCCAGAUGAAGGAGGCUUUUCUGCAGAGCUUCAGGCAGCUCACGGUGGUGGAGAUGGAGCAGUUCAUGAGGAACCUGACUGAAGCCAUUCAAAAUGGAGUAUACCCUGUUGGAAAUGAAUCACAGUUUGAAGAGACCAACUGGGAUUUCAGUAACUCCUUCUUCUUUGCAGGCACAGUUGUCUCCACAAUAGGUUAUGGCACAUUGCAUCCUAGAACUGUUGGGGGACAGAUCUUCUGUGUGUUUUUUGCUCUGUUUGGAAUCCCUCUCAACAUAGUUUUUCUGCACCGUGUCGGUAAGAUGCUCUCACUGCUGUGUAAAAAGCUGGGGAAAUUCCUGUACGAGAAAGGAAUGAGAAAGAAGAAGAUCAAAUUUCUGACCCUUUUGUUCUUCCUGGCAACGGGGAUCCUAGUUUUUCUGUGCUUGCCAUCAGUCUUCUUCCAGAUAACAGAGGGCUGGUCCUACAGCGAAGGAAUUUACUUUGCAUUUAUCACCCUCAGCACCAUUGGCUUUGGAGAUUAUGUAGUAGGCAAACAGUCUGGCAGGAAUUACUUUUCCUACUAUCGAGUGGUGGUGGCCAUUUGGAUUCUUUUCGGCCUUGCCUGGAUUGCUCUGCUGUUUAAUUUAUUGACAACGGUACUUGAAGACACUGAAAAAAUAAUUGUCAAGGAUCUCCAGCAAAUUGGAAAGGUGAGUAAGGACAAUGUAGCAAGCCAGCAAAGAAGAUGCUGGCCUGUUCAGUUUAUUCCAGAAGAAGAACAACUACCACCACGUGCUGGAGGGGAUGCACAGAAAAUGGAGCCAUUAACAGCAGACUCUGAGCACACAGAAAAUGAAAAAAAUUAGUUUUCUAAUAGAACAACUACUGCCAUAACAUAUAAGAGUUGAAUUCUUCAUUGGAGAGUUGAUAGUUAAUUAUUCUAAAGAAAAUCCCAUGGAAAUAAAGUUUUCCUACCUUUUGCUGAGAUACGACUUUUUAGAACUCAAGACUCAAAAGUUACAGAAAGCCUGAGUAUUAAUGGUAAGAAAUUUGCUCCUCAGUUUGCAGCUGGGUUGUGCUAACAACCUGAGCAGUGCACUUGCUUUGCAACGUGUUUUUAAGGUGCUUUCACAAAAAAUGCAGAGGAGGGGCACGGUGGAGCUUGCUGGCUCUAUUUGGAUUUUGCUGCUUGCAAGAAAUCAUGUCUCUUCCACGAACUGGCAUUGCCCAAGCUUUUCUGAGGCAUUGCAUAGCACUUUUGGAAGAAGAAAUAAGGGUAUAUAACUGAAUAGAUGCCUGAUUUGAGCCAUCAUAUUGGAUACAGUAUUGUGGUCUGAAAGAUGUGUUUGAAUGGCAAGACCUGGGCUCAGUUCAGAGACAUCAGAAGCAUCUAAUGGGCAGGGUUAUGAAAAGGUUAGCAUGUUAGACAUGAUUCAUUCUACCUCUUCCUGUUUUAUACUAGGUUGAAUAAAGGCAAUUUUACCUUUUA